AUGAGAGACGGCGGCGGCCGCGGCCCAGAGCCCCUCUCAGCGCCUGUGAGCAGCCGCGGGGGCAGUGCCCUCGGGGAGCCGGCCGGGCGGCGGCGGCGGCAGCGGCGGCGGGCCUCGCCUCCUCGUCCUUCGGAGAGAGACGGUGGAAGCCGUGGGCUCGGGCGGGAGCCGGCGCAGGCUCGGCGGCUGCACCUCCCGCUCCUGGAGCGGGGGGGAGAAGCGGCGGCGGCGGCCGCGGCUCCGGGGAGGGGGUCGGAGUCGCCUGUCACCAUUGCCAGGGCUGGGAACGCCGGAGAGUUGCUCUCUCCCCUUCUCCUGCCUCCAACACGGCGGCGGCGGCGGCGGCACGUCCAGGGACCCGGGCCGGUGUUAAGCCUCCCGUCCGCCGCCGCCGCACCCCCCCUGGCCCGGGCUCCGGAGGCCGCCGGAGGAGGCAGCCGCUGCGAGGAUUAUCCGUCUUCUCCCCAUUCCGCUGCCUCGGCUGCCAGGCCUCUCGCUGCUGAGGAGAAGCAGGCCCAGUCGCUGCAACCAUCCAGCAGCCGCCGCAGCAGCCAUUACCCGGCUGCGGUCCAGGGCCAAGCGGCAGCAGAGCGAGGGGCAUCAGCGACCGCCAAGUCCAGAGCCAUUUCCAUCCUGCAGAAGAAGCCUCGCCACCAGCAGCUUCUGCCAUCUCUCUCCUCCUUUUUCUUCAGCCACAGGCUCCCAGACAUGACAGCCAUCAUCAAAGAGAUCGUUAGCAGAAACAAAAGGAGAUAUCAAGAGGAUGGAUUCGACUUAGACUUGACCUGUAUCCAUUUCUGUGGCUGUUCCUCUUUGCUUUUCUGUCACUCUGAUAACGUGGGAGUAGAAGGAUGCGAAAAUUUUCUGUAG